CGCGUUUCCAACUUCAGUUGGUGUGUGUCGAAGAAGGAGGAGAAGAAUCCCGACUCCGACCCGAGGAAGCCAACCACCGGAGAAGGUCCACCGAGCGUCGCCGAGGUCCGCUGCGCGGUCCGCGGUCCGGAGCUCCUCCGGACCGCGGUCUCCAGUGGACCUUCGCCCGGCCAGGUGUGAGACCCCGUCGCCCUUCCUGUCUUCGCAGAGGAGUCCUCGCGUGGAACAGGAGGAGACGCCGAUCACGAGGGGCCCAGGGUCCUGGGCUUCCCCCCCAGAGUGAAGCAACACCUGGGAGGUCCCCUCCCGCCACCAUGGCUGCGGCGGGCGGUUCCGACUGCCCGCCCCCUCCUCCUCCUCCUCCCCCCAACGACAACAACAACAACAACAGGCCCAGUAGCCCUGUGCCCAUCCUCGGUCGGCGCCGCCGCCGCCGCGCACAGCAUGGAGACAACGGCAACCCCGGGGAGGACCAGCAGUGGGAGGGCCGCCGCCCCCAGUACCACGUGUACUGGCUCCCGUCGGCCAACAACAGACUGCGCUACCUGCCCCAAGAGGAAGAGGAACCAGAGCCGGAGCAAGUUCAGAUCCAGGUGCCUGCAGACGGCGAAGAAGAGGAAGAAGAGCUCCAGGGUGCCACAGCAGCGCCUACUCCGGCGCUGCUCUUCGGCGACGACUGCCUCGAAGACCUCCCCUUCAAGUUCGAUGGCAACGCCGAAAUGCUGAAUCAGUUCCUAUCCCAGUGCCGGGCCUUCCUGGCGAAGGGCACCAGAGCUCUCGCCGACGACCGAGCCAGGGUGUGCUUCGUGACAAGCAUGCUGAUUGGCCGAGCCGCCCGCUGGGCCACUGCCAAACUGGACAGAUACACUUACCUGAUGCACAACUACGAGGCCUUCAUGAUGGAGCUGAAGCUUGUCUUUGAAGACCCGCAGAGACGCGAAGCUGCCAAACGCCGGAUCAGACGUCUGCGCCAAGGCCCGGACUCUGUUGCCGACUAUGGCAACGAAUUCCACAUGCUUGCCCUGGAGCUGGAUUGGAGUGAGCCUGCUCUCAUCGACCAGUUCCUCGAAGGCCUCAGUGACGCCAUGCAUGAGGAGCUCGCUCACGAGGAGAUCCCAGACACCCUGACUGAGCUCAUCAACCUUUGCAUUUACAUCGAGAGAAGAAUGGCCCGUGAUGCUGCUGCCGCCGCCGCUGCCGCUGCUGCUGCCGCCGCCGCCGCCGCCGCCGCCGCUGACGGGGAAGAAGAUGAUGACACUGAAGAUGAAGAUGAUGACGACAACCAGGCCCGGGGUGGUCCCCCCAGGGCCGUGGUGAUGCCUCAGACCCACCAGACGGAUCCCACUGAGCCCGUGGGCGGUGCUCGCAUGCGCCUGACCCAGGAAGAAAAAGAGAGACGGCGCAAACUGAACUUAUGCCUGUAUUGCGGCAGCGGAGGCCACUACGCGGAUAACUGUCCUGCGAAGGCCUCCAAAAAUGCGCCAGGGAAACUCCCCGGCCCCGCUGUAGAGGGACCUUCAGCGACCGGGCCGCAACGUACAAGGUCCCCACCCCCCGAGGCUGUGACUACUCACUUUCAAGUGAUGCUCCAGAUCCAUAUCCCGGGCAGACACACUCUGUUUGUCCGGGCUAUGAUUGAUUCUGGAGCAUCAGGAAACUUCAUCGAUCAAGACUACGUCAUCCAACAUGGGAUUCCUCUAAGAAUCAAAGAAUGGCCAAUCAUGGUGGAAGCGAUUGAUGGGCAUCCUAUAGCCUCGGGCCCAAUUGUACUGGAAACGCACCACCUGAUUGUUGACCUGGGUGACCACAGAGAAAUACUGUCUUUUGAUGUGACUCAGUCUCCGUUCUUUCCGAUUGUCCUGGGAGUUCGUUGGCUGAGCACCCACGACCCUCACAUCACCUGGAGCACUCGCUCCAUUGUCUUCAACUCUGAUUACUGCCGGUUUCGAUGCCGGAUGUACUCUCAGAUACCUCCUGCUGUGCUGUUGCCAGUAAUAUACCCACCACACCCACCAUUCUUCUACCACACGGAUGGAUACAGAGUUUACCACGUCCUCUACCCUGUGAGGUAUUACUAUGUCCACAAUGUGUACACGCCUGUGGAUGAGCAUGUCUACCCUGGUCACCGGCUGGUCGACCCCCACAUAGAGAUGAUCCCUGGAGCGCACAGCAUUCCCAGCGGACAUGUGUACUCAUUGUCUGAAACUGAAAUGGCUGCCCUGCGAGAAUUCGUGGACAGGAACGUGAAAAAUGGCCUCAUGACUCCCACCGUCGCUCCCAAUGGAGCCCAGGUCCUGCAAGUGAAGAGAGGGUGGAAACUCCAAGUCACUUACAAUAACUGCAGAGCUCAACACCAAAGCUGCGCAGCUCAGCACAACAGCGCAGCUCAACACGCAUCUCAACAUGACAGUGCAACUGAACACGACGACGAAGACGACGAGGACGACGCAGCGCAACACGACGGCGCAGCUCAACAUCACAACUGCAUGAUCCAAAACCAGUACCAUCGCAUGACUCUUCCAAACCUGGCAGACCAGGCACACCUGGCAAGCUACGGUGAAUUUGUCCCUCAGAUUCCUGGAUACCACCCGAUUCCUGCCUAUGCUACCCUCGCAGGUCAUCACGUGACAUUUGCAUGGUACCCAGUGGGGCGAGAUAUACACGGAAGAAUGAUCCUCAUACCUGUUGUGAUCACCUGGUGCCCACAUUGGCACCACCAUCAUAUUCAUCCGGUACCUCAGUAUCCGCCCCCGCAGCCGCCGCCGCCACCGCCGCCGCCACCUCCACCACCUCCAUCCUACAGCCCCUUGUAAAUACCUGUCGUGUCCUCUGGAGUGUCUCUGCCCUCAACUUCGUCCUGUGCAGCUUCUCAGUGACUGUGUGCUGCUGGAUCUUCAGGCCACCUGAGGCACAAAGAAAGGCACACAGGGCUGACACAGGACAAACUGAUUUCUUACAGAGGGGGAGACAAAGAGAAGGAGAAGGAGGAGCAGGACACGACUUGCCCAUACCCUAGAGCGCCUUAUGAAGGAAGCCGAACUUUCUGAUGCAGUACGGAAAGGCUUCCGUGAUUCUCCUGCUGCACCCACUGGAACUUGACCUUUGAACUAUUUGUCUUAACUGUUUGUGUUUGAUUUUCUACCACUGCCAAUAACCCUGCUGCAGGACCUGUCACCCCCCCCUCCUGCCUGCUGAGACUCCAUUUUGCUUCCAUGCAAGGAGAUGAAAGAGGCAGGCCUGAAGGAGCGCAUGUUUCAGCCCAGUCUCCAGGGGCAGACACAGCCUGAGCAGUGGGACACAUUUUUGUUUUCUUCGUGCUGAAGUCCCCUUUUGCAUCCUCAUCCUCUCACCCUUACCCUUGCUUGCAUGCUUAGUUUAGUAGUUGUUGUUUUUAAGUAUGUUAUUCUCAAGUGUUGACUGUGCUUUGAGAAUUUUCAUUGAAUUGCAAUCUCAAUUCUACCAGUUGAGCCUUUAAAUUUCACAAAAAAAAUGAUACACAGACUCUAAGAAGAAACCUAAUUGGCUAUUGAUUCUUGUUCAAUUGGAUCAGAAAGCUUGUCAAUCAUUGUGUUUUACAGUAAUUACUUUUAAAUGGUGCAUUUGCGCUUCUGAUUUUUGUGAAGCAUCACUUCAGUUUACCUCAGAACUCAGUUCCAUCCUUCAUCCAUUUUAAUUGAUUUGAUCUUCAAGCUGCAGAGAGCCUAGAAAUGGGCCAUCAUCUGCAGCCCUGGCAUAGACACACGGACAUUAGCCGCCAGUGCAAGCAAACGUCUGGAAGUUGACCACGACAGUCAGGGAGAGCAUGCUGGUGUGGGGUCACAGCUCCCACACAACAUCCCUGACACACGUGGGAGUGUGUUUUGAAGCUUGCCAAUGACUUUUCGGCAGUGUGUUCUAUGCUCUAUUCCAGUAUAUACUAUCUAUAGAGGUUAGGCAUUAAGGAUAAGUAAUCGUCAAUUUACUCUAUAAUACUGAAAUUUUGUUAAGUUUCCUUUUAUUUUCUUAGGUUGUUAAGUUUCCUUUUAUUUAGUUAAGUUGUUAAGUUUCCUUUUAUUUUGCUUCUGUUCAUCAAAUUUACAUUAAUUGUUCCUUUUUUUUCCUUUUAUUUGGCAUUUCCAACAAAAAUGCCUUUAUUCAUUUAUUAGGAAGGAAAGAUAAGUUGGAAAAGGAGGAGCAUACAAAUGGACAAAAUUGACUAAUUGGCUGUGGGCCCAAAUUUUUAUUUUUCAUUGAUUAAUGAUGAAGGGGAUGUGAGCAUUCCUAUUGCUGGUCAUGAAGGUCAUCAUGAAGGGUCAGUUUAGUUUGAACCAGGAGGCAUUUGGCUUAGAUACUGAUUUGACAUGGGCAUCUGUAUGGUGCAGUCCAGAGUUGUGUUUAAGUUUGCAGGUACCUCCUGGACUCCUGAACUGGUCUGGCUGUCACACGUCAUCGACAUCCCGCAUCCCCACAGUACCGAGAUUGGCAACAGAGAGCACCCUGUUGGAGAGGCCUGAGAAGUCAUGAAGGACCACCUGUGGAAGAGAAGAGUCUGCAGGAACCGUGCUACAUAUUCAGCUGGAGAGGGAACACGCAUCUGAUGGGAAUGGACGCUUUUGAUUGUUUCAGAUUGUAGAACAUUUCUGAGUUGGUUUUGAACAUUGCAUUGUUUUUCUUUUUUUUUCUAUAGACAAUUAAGUAAUUGGGGAUACAUAAUCAUUAAGAAUUUGGGGUUGGGAGGGAUUAUUAAGUAAUUUUAGGUGGGUGGGUAAGUUAGGAUAAGUUAGGAUAAGAUAAGUUAGGAUAAGAUAAGUUAGGAUAAGAUAAGAUAAGUUAGGAUAAGAUAAGAUAAGUUAGGAUAAGUUAGGAUAAGAUAAGAUACAACAACAAGUGGACACGUGUACUUAUUUGUCACUCUUACCCCUCCCUACAAUUAUACCUUUAAGAUUCUAUUCAGAGGGAACUACAGGGAAAUCAACAUUUAUAAGUGAAUUGGACAUGGACAAAAGUCUAGUGAAAGUUGAGAGCUGAUUAG